UUCUGUAGUCGAUGAUGAAGCAUUGUUAACCUUAAUUCUUUAAUGACAGAUACUAAAUUUGCUAGGGGUUUACAAACCGCGGUGAUCCUGUAGCGGAAUUUGUGCGGUCAUUUACUUUGGUGUUUGCUUUGAUUCCGAAGGUGACAUCGUUCGUUUAGUCGGACGAUCGACAGGGACAAUGGAUUAACUAACAUCAAUCCGUGAUGUGAUAAAGUAGACUGGUAAAUCAUCACCCACGAUGGUGACCUUAUGGUCGGGCCGGCCAGGGUGGCUUGGAAAGUUAGGACUUCUGUUGCUAGUGUCGUGGCUCUUGGUUCUCGUCUUAUCGGUUUCUUACAUAUUCAAAAACAGCCCGUCGUCACCCUAUGGCGAUAACCCAACGGAAAAAGAUCAUGCUCAACGAUUGACUCAAAUAGUUAAUGAUUUUGACAUUCUCAAAAAACAAAACGAAGCUCUGAAAAGCAUCAUUUUAGGAGAAGGUUCGAACCACGUACAAGGAGAUCACUUGGGUACCCUGCAGGAAAGAUUAGAAAAGGCAUCAAUAUAUUACGAUAUAUUCGACAACAAUGGUCGCCAGAAAUCCUCGCGAAAUGGAGAGCCGAGUCUCGAGUACGAAGAAUUACGACGUAGAAUACGCGACGGUGUGCAGGAAAUGUGGUACUACGUAAACUCGGAAUUAAAAUUACUAAAAAAAAAUACCUACGACUUUGCUCCCGAACAAAGAGACAAAGAUGUCGAGAAUGCGUUGAAAAAUGUCUGGGAACAUAAGAAGUCGUUGAUACAGGAUAUCGAUCGACUGGCUCAAGUUGACGGAUACCAAGACUGGCGGGAAAAAGAAUCUAAGGAUUUAUCUGAUCUCGUUCAAAGAAGAUUCAAGUAUCUACAAAACCCCGAAGAUUGCGAUAGAGCUAAAAAAUUAAUAUGCAGUUUGAACAAAGGUUGCGGUUUUGGAUGUCAGGUUCAUCAUGUCGCCUAUUGUUUCUUGGUCGCGUACGGCACUGAGAGAACAUUAAUUUUAAAAUCCAAGGGAUGGCGAUACCAGAAAGACGGAUGGGAGUCCGUAUUCAAGCCAGUAAGUGACACGUGCUUGUCAGCGAGUGGCGUAUCUCAUGCCAAUUGGCCCGGAGAUUCUUCGAAACAAGUGCUCUCGUUACCAAUUGUCGACAACGUCUAUCCAAAGCCAAAAUAUCAACCGCCGGGUGUACCUGCAGACUUGGCACCCAGAUUGGAAAAACUUCACGGUCAUCCCAUCGUGUGGUGGGUUGGCCAGGUGUUGAAGUAUUUGCUGAGGCCGCAGGAAAAUCUUCAAAAGGUUUUGGACUACUCCAAGGAAAAAAUGGGCUUCAAGUCCCCAGUGGUCGGUGUUCACGUCAGAAGAACGGAUAAGGUUGGUACAGAGGCUGCGUACCACGAUAUAGACGAGUACAUGGUCAAAGUGAACGAGUACUACGAUCAACUCGACAUAAAGCCUGAAGAAAGACGAGUGUUUUUGGCCAGCGACGAUCCAAAAGUAAUCGUUGCAGCGAAAGAACGUUAUCCAACUUACCAGAUAAUCGGAGAUCCAGAGAUAGCUAAGACUGCAUCGGUUUCAAGACGGUACUCGGACAGUUCCUUGCAAGGUAUAAUAGUAGAUAUACACCUUUUAUCUUUGUGCGAUCAUUUGAUCUGCACGUUUAGUUCGCAAGUUUGUCGAGUCGCCUAUGAAAUUAUGCAGUCAUUUUAUCCGGAUGCUUACAAUCACUUCUCUUCGUUAGACGACGUUUAUUAUUACGGAGGUCAAAAUCCUCACCCACACUUGGCGAGGUUGAACCAUUCGCCGAGAAGUAACGGUGAACUAGAAUUAAAAGUAAAUGACCCGAUCGAAGUGUUCGGUAAUCAUUGGAACGGGUACUCGAAGGGUAGAAAUGCGAGGACUAAUACCGUGGGGUUAUAUCCAAGUUUCAAAGUCAGAAAUCCGAUAGAGGCAAUCGAUUUUCCCAAAUAUCCUAACGUCCCCCUAGAAGUGGAUAAAGAGCAAUAAUGAUAAUGAUUCUUUUAAAAUCGAUUUUAAACGACUUCAGGAUAUAAUUUAACUUCGUACUAGUAAAUCUAACCAUGCCACAAGUUUAAGUCGAACUCAUUUUUGGGUAGGAUUAAGACGCGGCUUGGCGAUGUGCGUAAAUUCUUCAAGUCAAAAAAAUAGAUAAUAAGUAUUAUUCAACGGUCACACAUAAUUUUUAUUUAAAAUCACUGAUUGUGAUUACAGAGAUCAAAUACAGGUAUUAAAAAUUUUCGAUCAGUAUUUAUAUCUGAGUUAUUUAAAAGCAGUUAUCGUUAAAAAUAACAAAAGCUGAAUAAACGAAUAAUUGAAUAAAUCGAUGAAUCGGUGCCAACGGACUCCUAAAAUUCAAGGUACUAUCAAAUUAUUUGGUGAUUCAUUUAUUUGUAUUUCUUUGUCACAAAUUUAUUUCAAAUCCGACGUGCUGCCUUUUGAACGUCAGCAAGUGUUUAACGUUAAUAAUUGUUUGCUCAAAAUUGUGCAAUUCGUUUGUACCAGGGACUUGUCCCUACUAAUUAUUACAACGUGGUUAUCACCAUGUUUCUCGUCACAAACUAUUGACUAUACAUAUGAUAUCGCAAUAAACUAAAUUGCAUGAAUAUGUAUAGGAUUUUACUGCUAUACUUUAGCAUACUAUUAGAACACUGGUAUGAAUGAGGAAUGUUUCAAGAUGCAGUUAUUAGAAAAAAAAAAUAUCUAAUUUCAACGUCUUAUAUUAUAAUUUAAAUUUUAUCAUCAAAAUAACGAUAGUAUUAAUAAUAAUAAUUUUUAUUCUGCCGGCUCUUCUUACAUACAUUUAAAUAAUAUAAGAAUUUUCACAAUAGCGAAGGGUAUUUUAUAUCGACGAUAUAAAGAAUGUAGUAUUAAAUAAGUUUUAGCAUUUCUUUAGUGCUUGUAUAUCGCUGAAAAAAUUAUUUCAUAUUGAACGCUAGUAAAAAAAUAAAUAUGACAAACAAACAUUUCCUAACUGACCGGAGCGAUGGUUGAACCUGGCUUGAGGCCUACCUAGAAAGUAUAAACUAUUAAUUAUAUCAGGGGGUCAUUCUUUACAUUCGCACCCGAAUCUAUAAAUAUUGUAAUAUAUUUUCUACCAUCAUAUAUAAAUACGGACAAAAGAAAAGAAAAAAACAACUUGUUACUAUAUUGUAUAAUUGAAUUUGCUUCUAAAUAAUAAAUAUUUAAUUAUCGAA